CAGCGAGUCGAGAUGAAACUCUGCUUCCCAGAAUGCCGCAGCUCUGUUCCGUUAUUACUUCAUUUCCACACUGAACAAGACACAAAUGUCAGAUUUGUUGGUUAGUAGCAGAUAUCUCUGGUCAGGUUCAGUUUGUAGGGAAAGCUUGAUAAUAUUUAAUUGUACUGAAAGUAUACCUGUAGUAAGGCGCUUUAAACACAGCGGAGACUGCCAAUGCUUUGUUGUCGGGGAAGUUAGAAGAGGCGAGCAGCUAAUGAAGAAGUAGCUAACGUUAGUUUAAGUUAGCUUAGAUAAGAUGAAGCCUGCUCUCAUCCCUGGGAAUCACACUAUCAUCAGCUAACUUCAUGUUAACACGGAACACUAGCAUCAGAUGCUCUGCCAUAACCCAGUCUGUUAGCUAAUAUAUCUACAGAGAAGCUUCAGCGAUGGAAGAAGUUGACAAGAUUUUGAUUCACGCCCUCAAACAAGUCGGCACAGAUCUAAGUGAGGAGACUGACAGCGUGAAGAAGUUCAGCAGUGAACUUCUCGUGGAGGCGGUGGUCAGAUGUAUCCGGGUAAUCGAUCCCGGCCUCGGCAGCGCCCUGCCCACCUCCCUGCCUCCAGGCAUGUCUGCCCGCUUCAGGGUGGGCAUGAGCCUGGCACAGGCCUGCCAGGACAUUGGUUAUAAAGGAGAGAUAGGUUACCAGACCUUUCUGUACAGCAAUGAGCCCGAGAUCCGCUCCCUUCUCAUGUUCCUGGUGGAGAAGCUUCCCAGAGAAAGUGCAGAGGUCUCAGACCAGCCAACAGGUAAAUCUGUGGUCCUCCAGAAAGCCAUCGCUGCUGCAAUCAAAGCUCAACUGGCUGUGCCCUGGCUGCCUCUAAACUGCAGACUGCCACUGCAUGGUGAAACACAAAGUCCAGGAGCAAUCCACAGCUUCCACGCCCAGCCUCUCAGUUUGCCCCGCUGCAGUAAAGGAAAGAAGCAGCUGAAAGAGGUGGAGGACUACCAGCGAGACAUUCUUCCUCCUGUGACUGCCCAGCUUUGCCAUCAUGCCUCUGUGGUGGCGUCCAUACUAGAGCAGCACACAGCUGAGCUGAGUGCUGCUCAGGAGUGGGACAACGAGUGGAACAGCCAGGGGCUUCUGUCUCGCCUCACACCACAAGAGUAUCGCUCCAGGAAGCUGAGCCGCCUACGUAAACGCAUCGAGGAGCAACUGCGAUCUGCUGCCCUGCCCUCUGCUGAAAGUGCUUUUGGUGGUCCUCGCUCCACCUCUGACCUGUCUGAGCUCCUGCAGGCCUUCAGAGGCUCCGCCCCUUCUGACCAAGUCCUGACCAAGGGCUCCCACUUCAUCCACACACAGAAGUUCACCUUCACACAGCAGGCGCCAGCAGGAAGCAGCCCCCCCCUCCCCUCUGGGCCUCAGUCAGAGAGUGACAUCCAGCUCCGUCAGCAGGAGGAGCAGCUUUCACUCCAGCAGCAGUUCCAGCAGCUCUGUAGUGAUGUGGACCAGCUAGCAGCAGACAUGAAGCACAUGAGAGUCACUAACACACAGGUUUUGGAUGAGUUGAAGCAGAGAGAGCUGGGGAACUCUGAAAAAGAGGUGAAGAUGCAGGUGAAGAAGAAAACAAUCGACCUGUUGCCCGACUCAGAGAACAACCAGCUGAAGCUUCAGGCUCUGGUGGAGGCCAGUGCCAAGCGGGUGGUGAACCUGGCUGCUCAGUGGGAGAAACACCGAGCUCCUCUCAUCGACGAGCAUCGCAGGCUCAAAGAAAUCUGCAGCAACCAAGAUCUGGAGUCAUCCAGAAAGCUCUCUGAAAUCAAGUCUCUUCAUGACAAAAUCCGUGUGUCGACGGAGGAGGCCAAGAAGAAGGAAGAAAUCUACAAACAACUGGUAACGGAGUUAGAAAAUCUUCCCCAGGACGUGUCUCGGUCAGCAUACACUCAGAGGAUUCUAGAGAUCGUCAGCAACAUCAAGAAACAGAAGGAGGAAAUUACAAAGAUUCUAUCAGACACCAAGGAGCUGCAGAAGGAGAUCAACAGCCUGACAGGAAAACUGGACAGGACCUUUGCUGUGACUGACGAAUUGGUCUUUAAGGAUGCAAAAAAAGACGAAUCUGUCCGCAAAUCCUACAAGUACCUGGCUGCCCUGCAUGAAAACUGCAGUCAAUUGAUCCAAACCAUUGAGGACACCGGGACAAUCUUGAGAGAGAUUCGAGAUCUAGAGGAGCAGAUUGAGACAGAAAAUGGCAGUAAAACUGUGGCUAACCUGGAGAGGAUCCUGGACGACUACAAGGCCAUUCGACAGGAGAACUCAGCACUUGCUGCCAAAGUCAGAGAAGGCUGAAAGAAUGGUGGUUAAAACCUGGAGCCAUGUGGACCUGAAGGUGACCAGAACAGCUCUCCAGUGUUCACACUGACAGACUGCUGUAUUAACACCACCCUCUGCAGGAACUGGAGACCUUUAGAAAGGCAAGCUGAACCGUAGAAGAGACUUGGUAUUUUAAUGCACAACCUGUAUGGAUGGAUGGAUGAAGAUGACAAGAAGUGUUUCAUUUCAAAGUGUUUAAUGCAGCUCGACAUGCUCUCUGAGGGUCCAUGCACUGGUUCUCUACCCAAAUGAAACACAACAGUGGACAGCUGAGCUUCUCUGUUCAAAAGUAAAGUCAUUCAUAGAUGUAUGAAAUACUUUUAAAGAUCUCUUGAUGAAAAUCUUUGACUUGGAAUUUUUAAUAUGGAAAUUAUUCCACACAUUUUCAACAGUUCUUGGAUGACAUGGUGAUAUUUGAACUGAAAAUGUUGAGUGAAUGGCAUUUGAAUGUAGUCCAUUAAUAAUGUUGUCCAGCCCCAUCAGCAAAGUAUUGUUGUAUAUAUGGUACCAGCUUGAAUAAAGUUGCCUUACAAACUUGAA